UAACCGAGAACCUCCGGGAGUCCCCGGCCACGCAGAAGUGACACUGUGUUGUGUAUGUGAACGUGUGUGUAGUGUGUGUGAAUGUGUAGUGGUGGAGUCGUCGAGACUCGGUGAUCGUCGGCUGCGGGAGGUGAGGGGUGCCAUCGUGGGGGAAAAAUAUUGGUGCGGAACAAAAUAACCAGUUUAAUAUUCUGUGAACGAAUGUACAAUAACUUGCUCCAUUGUCAAAAUUUCUUUACCCCACCUCUGUCUCUGUGUCAAAAACAAAGAGAAUAUAAACAUUAAAUAUUUCAAAGUAGUGGAUAUAUUCAAGAUGAGGUCAGUGGGUAAAGGAGCAUAAAUAAAUGCCGGUAUGAGAAAGCAAGUGUACGAGGAAAUCCUAGUGUACCGUGAGGCAAAAUAGAAGGACGAAUGACGACCAGGGGUUGGAGUUACCAGUGAUGGCAGGGGGGGGAGACUGAGUUUAUUUCAGAGGUGAAAUGUGGAAAGAGAAGGAAGACCAUCUACACAGCAGGUUACCCCGUCCUUCCGCACUAUACCCUGCUCACACCAAAGGUGACACGUUUCACUAUUCGUGGCACUCACUGGCCUGUCACCCCGAGUGAUCCUCACGUUGAGGUGCAGUAAAAAAGAAACACGAAAGAGGAAAACAGAAUCAAAGUCGUGAGGAAGGAAAACGUCUCUUUCACCCAACUACCGGAAAACAUUUCUUUUGGGUUUCGUGGUGACGUGCACUGGAUGGAGACAUUGUUAAACCCCCAACUCACCCCUCUGCAUCUAUACAACAGAGAAAAAAAUAUCGCAGCAUAAAAGAUUCCCGAAGGGCAACAGACUGCUAGAUAAUACUCUGAAAGUGGAUCGAGUACCACGUGGAUCAUCACUUUCUAUUUGGCUGGCUUUAUGAUUCAACGUCGGAAGGAAUGAAUCGCGAGAUAUUGGCCGACGUUUUCACGCUGAAUGGCUGAACUUGAGGUGAAAAAUCCUCAGCUUGAGGUCGUAAAUGAAGCUCCAAGGGCGAUUGCACGCGAGAAUGGUAGCAAAGUCGAAAUCACCAGUUAGGUGAAUAAUCUGCCUCAGACUGAGCGAGACUGAUUCCCCUAUCACAAUUCAUUACAAACCACCGAGAUGACGGUUGGACUGCGUGCAAUGGGGUUAAUGAAGAUAACCCGGAGCCUGCGGAGGAGGCUCAACGAGAGAAAUGUCAGUGACGAACUACUCGGGGAUAUCGAGGAGAAAGCGAAAAGGAUUCCGACGCAUAUUGAUACAAAUAUGCUGAAAAUCGGCUUCCUCGGGGGAGGAAAAAUGGCCCAGACGCUCGCCAAGGGUUUCAUCAAUGCUGAGCUCAGCAAGGGGGAGAUGAUCGUCGCUAGCUGUCUGCCCAGUGAUAAGGGCAGUAUCGAAACUUUCAAAGGCAUUGGAUCAAUGACUGUCCACACGAACGACGCUGUGGCUGCUCAUGGAGAUGUACUGAUUCUAUCGGUGAAGCCACAGGUCGUCCCCAAAGUCCUUCCCGAACUGAAAGACCCGGAGAAACUCGUUUUAUCGAUAGCUAUGGGAAUCUCCAUUGAGGCCCUCGAAAAGGGAUUACCAGAGGGGACUCCUGUAAUUCGAGUAAUGCCCAAUACCCCAGCUCUAGUGGGUUGUGGUGCGACAGUAUUUGCACGUGGUACUUACGCCACAGACGAAGACGCCGAAGUAACCGAGAAGCUGUUCUCAGCGAUUGGCAUUUGUGAAGAAGUUGACGAGCAGCUGAUUGACCCAGUGACAGCCCUAGCAGGCUCUGGACCAGCUUAUGUCUACAUGUUCAUAGAGGCGUUGGCGGAUGGGGCAGUCAAGAUGGGGAUGUCGAGACCUCUAGCUUACAAACUAGCAUCCCAAACUGUUCUGGGAGCAGGAAUGAUGGUGAGAGAGACUGGUGUCCACCCUGGACAACUGAAGGACGAUGUGGCGUCGCCAGCUGGCUCGACCAUCGCUGCUAUCCACGAACUUGAGAGGAAGGGAAUGAGAUCUGCUGUCAUUGACGCUGUGGAGGCCGCAACCCUGAGGUGCAGAGAGUUCAGCUCGAAGAAGAAUUGAUGGUGCAUUAAUCAUUUAAGGAUUUAAUGGCUGUUAAGAGAACGGUCCCAGUGCAACUGUUCAAAAUUUUUGGUACCUCCUUGUGGAUCAGGGGUGGAGGAGCUUCUUGAUUUUGGGAGAAUUUUUGCGGAUCGAUGAGUCAAUUAGAUGUUAGAAAAACUUAUAAUUUUAUUAAGAAUAUUCAAACGUUUUCAAUUGCUCACUAAACUUUUUACCUCACGCAUUAUUCAAAUACAGAAUCAACUCAGCAAUGAAAUGAUAAAACACUAUCUCAUCGUCAAAUUAAAUUUGACAUGAGUAACAAAUUCGAAAACAAUAUUAUCGUAAAGACUUUUCACAUCAGUUAUAAUUUACCAGUGAAAAUAAAAAACAAUCUUACAUGCAA